AUGCCGGCGAUAAUAUCAGCAAGAGGCAAAGCAAGCCCACUCACAAUCUCUCAAUGGCGUGCUUUGCAGGAAUCAGUCUCCGGACCAACGAACCAUCUAUCACUACUCGAGCAAGCCGAACUUGAUAUAUCACAUGCUUGGAUUUCGUUAGCAACGCCAGAGCAGAUUAACAAAAAGCUCCCACUUCUCGGGGUACCUUUUGCAGUGAAAGACAAUACUGCUGUAGCCGGUUUUCAUACAACAGCCGCAUAUCCAUCUUUCAGCACUGAGCCUGCGAAUACUGACUCAACCGUCGUCGCACGACUGAAAUCUUAUGGAGAUAUAGUCAUUGGAAAGACAAAUCUCGAUAAAUUCGCUACAGGUCUCGUCGCUACACGCUCCCCCUAUGGAGCCUGGCGGGAGAGCUCCGGUAGUGGAGUUGCCGUUGGCCAGGGACUAGUUCCAUUUGCCCUUGGCACUGAUACCGCAGGUUCGGGGAGGGUUCCUGCUGGGUUCAACAAUGUCAUUGAACUGAAACCUACGCGAGGGGCUUUGAGUACGCAUGGUGUAGUCCCUGCGUGUAGAUCAUUGGACUGCGUUCCUAUCUUUUCCUUAACUCUAGAAGAUGCUGAGCUGCUAUUGCAACUGGCGAAGGGUUAUGAUCCUCAAGAUGCAUACUCUCGGAGCAGGCUUGACUAUAUCACUAACAAGAUCUCUCGGGGCACUCCACUUUCAAAACAAGUAAUGGCUGUUCGCUCCCAUCCAAAGUGGUUUGGUCAAUCCCAGCAUGCAGAUGCAUACUAA